AUGCUGGCCAGCCGCGUGAGAGCGGCCCCAGCGCUGCGACAAUGCCUGCGCCAGGCCCAGAAGCCCACCUUCGUCUCGGUCAGCUCUGAGUGCGCACAAUGGGGUCAGGAGAAAGGGAUACUGAUGAGGAGUGCAGUUCCAAUCACGAGGAUAUGCGACACCGCAAGGCGAGAAGGUCGCCAAAUUCAAGGGCCAAACUGGAAGCGAUGUACGUACAGCUGGAAGAAGCUCGCGGAAGAGGUGGAAGUGCAUGUGAAAGGCUCUAAUCUGACAUGGCAUACCGUCGCAGGGCAAAUAUACCGUCUCUCUCAUUGAGGGUGACGGUAUCGGUGUCGAGAUCUCUCAGGCCGUCAAGGACAUCUACUCCGCCGCAAAAGUCCCCAUCAAGUGGGAAUCCAUCGAUGUCACUCCACAAUUGAAGGACGGAAAGACUGUCAUUCCCGACGAGGCCAUUGACAGCAUUACCAAGAACUACGUCGCACUCAAGGGCCCUCUUGCUACUCCAGUAGGCAAGGGUCAUGUCUCCCUCAACCUGACCCUUCGAAGAACCUUCAACUUGUUCGCCAACGUGCGUCCCUGCAAGAGCAUUGCCGGAUAUAAAACUCCCUACGAUGACGUGAACACCGUACUUAUCAGAGAAAACACCGAGGGUGAGUACAGUGGCAUUGAGCACGUUGUCGUGGACGGUGUAGUGCAAUCUAUCAAGCUCAUCACUCGCGAGGCCUCGGAGCGUGUCCUCCGCUUUGCCUUCCAGCACGCCCAGGACAUUGGUCGGACAAAGGUCCGUGUUGUUCACAAGGCCACUAUCAUGAAGAUGUCCGACGGUCUGUUCCUCAGAUUGGCACGAGAAAUCGCCAAGGACUACCCAAACAUCGAGUUUGACGCGGAGAUGCUGGACAACACCUGCUUGAAGAUGGUCACCGAUCCUGUCCCAUACAACGACAAGGUUCUUGUUAUGCCCAACCUGUACGGAGACAUUCUUUCCGACAUGUGCGCUGGUUUGAUCGGUGGUCUUGGCCUCACACCUAGUGGAAACAUCGGUGACGAGUGCUCCAUCUUCGAGGCCGUGCACGGAUCCGCUCCGGAUAUCGCAGGCAAGAACCUCGCUAACCCAACAGCUCUGUUGCUGAGCUCCAUCAUGAUGUUGCAGCACAUGGGCCUAACACAACACGCAACCUCCAUUGAGCAGGCCAUUUUCAAGACAUUGGCGGAAGGAAAGGUACGAAUCUAUAUGCCCCAUGCUUUUCGCCCCAUGCUUUUCGCAACCCGGGCUGCUGAAGCUAACCACACCGCAGGCACUCACAGGAGAUCUCGGUGGCAAGGCCACCACGACCGAGUACGCCGACGCAGUCAUCAAGAACUUGUAG